GUAAAUGGAGGUAUAUAGCCAGGUACCACUCACAGGUAGUUAUCAGUCGUCGUAGCAGAUCCAGAUUAUUGGCCGACUAUUCGGCUCGUAAAACACUCGAAAGUUACAGCAGUUUAUUACCACAUUAUCGUUACGACCUCCAAGUGUAGAAGUACGUGUCAGAAAGCUCUAGCGACAAGGUAUUAUUGUCAGCCAAACAUUUCUUCCAUGACGGUAAACAAGUGCUUUAUACUUUAAACAAAUAAAUAUGAAGAUAUUAAUCAGGAAUUUCAAGUAGCCACCAGCUGACAAUGAUCUGUUCCUAUAACGUGGAUAUGGAAUACAUGUAGUGAUAUUGUCGGGAAUGUUUUGUUUGCGACACUCCAAGGUAAUUAACGUGUACGGGUAGAAACCGAGAUUUCUGUCUAUUGUUUGCGCAUGAAAGACAUCGAACGUAACGACUAGAAGCCCGACGGGUUAACGCAGUUUGUCGCUGAUGUGGUCGAGUAGGACCGGGUGACGAAACGUCGCUUAUCACGCAAAGCUUGCCACGCCAUUGUUGACCAGUACACGACUUGAGGAAGACUUAAUUCCGAGCUGUUGUUCCGUCAUAGAUUUCCGAUAGUAGUUUAUAGUUCGUGUACUUGACAAUCCUAACACGUGAGAGUUAAAAACGCUAUUUGAGGAAAUAUUUGUUUCUAGAAAAGCUACUUGUUUCUAGAAACUCUCUUUGAAGAAACGUCAUUUGGUGGGAUAAACUCUAUUUGAAGAAAAGCUGCUUGUGUUUAAAAACUCUAUUUGAAGAAAAGCUGGUUGUGUCUAGAAAUUCUGUUUGAAGAAAAGCUAGUUGUUUCUAGAAACUAUUUGAAGAAAGGCUACUUGUUUUUAGAAACUAUUUGAAGAAAGCUACUUGUUUCUAAAAACGCCAUUUGUUUUUUGAAACGCUGGUUCUUUUGAAUUUAAUUUUUUUUAAGAUAGUGUUUGAAGAGACGUCAUUUUUUGUUUGUUUGAGACACGUUAAUUGUUUGCUUAAGAACAUGUAUUUUUGUAUGGAAAUACAUUAUUUGUUUAUUACUUAAGAAUAUUUGUGAGAAAACUCUGUAGGUUUGUUUGUUUGACAAUACGCUUAUACUUUGUUAAAACACUAUAGAUCGGAUAUCGUUCAACACUAUUAGAUUGGAAAGCUUCAUAGAAAACAUCAGUGUAUAUUCAACGUUGGAUUAUUUGGAUCACCAACCUUGUUUAUUCUGUUUUCUUUUGUCAAGUGAUUACAGUUCAUAAAUAAAUAGUUGAAAUUUGUAAGAAUGGCGGAACGCUCUUUGAUAAGCAAGAUGGUUGUCAAGAGCCCGAGACGUAAACACAUGCGCCUGUCGCUCGGUGCGGUUGUGCAUCAAAACAGCAAGAAAGCUUCAUUGGAAGGAUCAGAGAGCCACCGAUCCAAAAUGUCCAACUCUCAGCUUGAAAACACAUACAAACUUCAGCCUGGGACGCAGGAGAAAUUCCAGACGGAGACUGUUCGGAAGGUGAUGUGGGACACGCUGGAGAUCAAACUACACAACGUCAGGUACGACGCCGGCUCUUGCGGCAGCCUUGCCAAGCAGCUGACGGACGAAAUAACGUGUCGGAUAAAGGAACACCGCUGGAAGCGCUACAAGUUGGUCGUUCAGGUGUUCGUGGGGCAGAACGUCAACCAGGGAGUCCAGGUCGCCAGUCGGUGCGUCUGGAACGCGGACACGGACACGUACGCAACUGUCAGCUACGAAAACUCAUCAUUGUUCGCAGUGGCCUCUUGCUAUGCCGUGUAUUACGAAUGAUAUAAACUUACAUUUUCGACUUCUCCAAAACUACUUGACCAAAUUCCAACCAAAUUUUGUGGGGACAUUCCCUUGGUACACGGAGAAACAAAUUUGUUAAUUUGGAUGUCGUAAACCCCCAGGGGCCUGAAGCAGGGCCCAAAAAGGGGAAAUGUCCGUGGGUUUCUCAACCGAAUACGAAUCUAAGAUUAUAUACUUGGGGGUUGGGAGAUAGCAACAUUAACGUAAUCUAAUUUGGUGGCCUUGAUAAAGAAGACUUUCACCCUAAACAGUGAUACAAUUAAUUACUUGAGACAAAAUAAGGGGGUGGGACUGUCCCAUUUGGCCACAGCCUAAAUCUGCGCCUUUUCUGAUAAAAGUGUUUGUAAUAGGGGUUUUAAAUUUUCGCACAUGCUUGUUAGUAUGUUAUUAUUUAACGCUCUAUGCAUGUAUGUAUAUAUAUAUAUAUAUAUAUAUAUAUAUAUAUAUAUAUAAAUUCU